CUUACCCCCUUUAACUUGCUAACCGCCUUUCUCAAGAAACAGGGGCGGGCGGUAGCAGUAGGUACCAUCAAAAACUGUUUGCUGUGUCCACUGCUUUGUUUUAUUGAAAAAAAAGGCGGUUUAAUUCUUAUUUUUAAGAUUUCAAUUCCACUCUCAAAAUUUCUGUCUUAAUAUAGACAACAAUUAACCUCUCAAUCUUCUUCAUCAAAUAUUUAUUACUCUCCCAUUCAUUCUCGAUUUCUAUAAAAGUAAAUACAAAUCCAAGUUUUUCUUAUUCUCUUAAUUCUGAAAAGAUGAAUCCAAAUUCUGUUUUCAAUUCUUUGAGUGGUGAGCAAGUUUUGUCAGAAAGUGAUUGUGAAUCAACAAUUACUUCUGAGAAUAGUACUAUUACUACUUCUUCUGCUAAUUUUUUUAAUUCCGAUGAUUUGAUUUUACUUGAUAAAACGGAUUCUGAAUUCCUUACGAUUAAGAAGAAAUUUCUGUCUAAUUUAGGAGCAUUAGCAAAUUCUGUUAAUGAAUUUACAAUUCAUAAGAAUUCUUUUCAGAGUUUUAUGGGUCAAGUCAAAAUUCAAUCGUUCAAGCUUUUCUCACUCGCUACUGCCAAGAAGAAGAACCCAAGUAGCAGUUCUGGGAAUGUUCAAUAUGCUUGGUUUGGAUCAACAAAACAUGGUGUUGAACAGAUUAUUUCUCAUGGGUUUAGUCAAUUCGAUUGUUCUGAUGAUCCGGAUAAGAAAUACGGUUCCGGAGUUUAUCUUUUGCCUGAAAAACAUCCUCUCGGAAGUGUGGCUUUGGCGAAUCGGAAAGAUGAAAACGGGUUUAAACACGUGGUACUUUGUCGAGUUGUUUUGGGUAAUAUGGAGGAAAUUCGUAGUGGUUCUCAACAAUUUUGUCCCAGUUCUGUUGAAUUUGAUUCUGGUGCUGAUAAUCUCUUGUGCCCCAAGAAAUACACUGUUUGGUCAACAAGUAUGAACUUUCAGAUUCUGCCCGAGUAUGUGGUUUCUUUCAAGGCUCCAGAUUCCUUGGAUGUGACUGCGUCAGCAGUGGCUCGACCAACGUCUCCUUGGAUGUCAUUUACAUCUCUUAUCCGUGAGCUUUCAAAGCAUUUAACCCCUUUACAGAUGGCUCUAAUUAAGAAGCAAUACAAAGAUUUUAAGGAGAGAAAAAUCACUAGGCAGGAUAUGAUCCAGGUGGUGCGUAGAACUGCGGGGGAUGGAAUGCUAUCUGGAGUAAUCAAGUCAUUCUACAGAGGAAUGGAUCGAGCCAACUGUGCAACAGUCCAUCCCAGUCGAAAUAUAAUCUUUUCAAAGUAAUGCUGAAGUGAAGGGUGAGAAGGAGGGAGGAUGCGUGGAAUGGAUAUUGGCGAAAAACCAGCAGUCAUGGUUCCUGCCAUCUGUGUGUUAGCUCGCUGGCGAUUAUGACUGGUCAUAGAUUACACUAGGGAUUAUACUUUGUAGAAGUAGGACAAACUAGUUCAGUUUUAACUUGGGGAACUUGAUAAUGUUGUGUUUCCCUUGCAAAUUUUGUGAAAUGAUUCAACCAGUUGUUUAGAACUUUCAUUUACAUUUAGUGAAUGAUUCCCAUUUCUUUUGAAUUCA